UCUAUCUUCUUGAAAGCUGGAACAAAAUUCCCUACCGCAACUUUCCAAAUGAAAAUAUUUUUUUAAAGCAAAAAAGUUUUUUUAUUACGUCAAAGUUUGAUGUUGGAACCUAAAAAGCAGGGUAAAAAAUUGACUGGAAAUGAAGACGGAUGAGACAAAUGAGGCUGGUCUCUCUCCUGUGAAUGCUCAAAUUCUUCCACUUCCCGUUUGUCCAUUCUUAGACAAAAUCCACGCUCUUGUAGAACUUAGAUCUCUUACCUCUUCUUCUGUCCUUUACGUUAUUCCAUUUUUGGUUUAAAACAUCCCAAAAAAAUUUUGAAAAAAAUAAAUAAGCCCCACUAAGAUAGUACAUGUUAUCCAUUCCUCCUUUUUUAGUGCUAGUAUAGUUCUUUUUCCAUAAAUAAGAGUCACCUACUCCUGUAAUGGCGGAGAUCUUAUACUUUCCUUUUUCAUGGUCCCUUAUUAUUAAAACCUCCCUUCUGCACCAAUGUCUACCUGCUUUUUCUUAGCUACUUCUUUGGUCUUCUUUUCUCUAUUUAUUUAUGUAUUCAUAUGUAUAAGAUAAACACAAAGUUCCAUGUACCCUUUUUACAGAUACCUUCAUACUUUGAGUGUCUGAAAGUCUUUACAAAACCAGAUCACCUUCUUCAGGUACUUUCCCGUUUCUUUUUUGGGUAUAAAAUUUUCUUUUUUUUUCCCUCAAUAUAAAUGGAACAAGGUUGCUGCUGCAGUGUAGUAUGUUUUAUGCUGAAUAUCUCCCAAAGUCAGGGUUUUGUUUCUUUUUAAUUUGUUGUGAAAGAUGAAGAAGGUAACCCCAGACAAAAUGUAUUGCAAGGUUUUCUUUCUUCCAAGAAGUUUCUUGUCAUCAGAUAAUUGCAGUAGAUCGUGAUGGCCAAAGAGUAUAGUGGAUCGCCUAAGCAUCAUCAGCUAGAAGCAAAGAGGAAGCGUCUCACUUGGAUACUAGGUGGUAGUGGCCUCUGCAUAUUGUUUUAUGUGUUGGGAGCUUGGCAGAAUUCUUUUAUUCCCACCACUCGAUCUGAUGUAUACACUAGAGUUCGUUGUGAUAAUAAUGUCACUACGUCAGACAGCGGCAAUGCUGUAGUUAAUCCAUCAACAACCAACUUGGACUUUGCAAGUCAUCAUCAAGUUGAGCUAGACGGUUCUAAAACAGUCAGUCAGUUCCCACCAUGUGAUAUGUCAUUCAGCGAGUACACUCCCUGCCAAGAUAAAGUGAGGGGAAGGAAAUUUGAUCGUGACAUGAUGAAAUAUAGAGAGCGGCAUUGUCCCACGAAGGAAGAACUCCUCCUCUGCCUUGUACCUGCUCCACCAAAAUAUAAGACCCCUUUCAAAUGGCCUCAAAGCCGAGAUUAUGCCUGGUACGACAAUAUCCCUCACAGAGAACUCAGCAUUGAGAAGGCAAUUCAGAAUUGGAUUCAAGUAGAGGGUGAUCGUUUCAGAUUCCCUGGGGGAGGCACCAUGUUCCCUCGGGGAGCUGAUGCAUAUAUUGAUGACAUUGGCCAGCUCAUUCCCCUUACUGAUGGAACCAUCAGAACAGCAAUUGAUACUGGCUGUGGGGUUGCAAGUUUCGGUGCUUACCUGUUGAAGAGGAAUGUCUUGACAAUGUCUUUUGCUCCUAGAGAUACACACGAAGCACAGGUUCAGUUUGCUCUGGAACGUGGAGUUCCUGCAAUGAUUGGAAUCAUGGGUUCACAGAGGCUUCCUUACCCGGCAAGGGCUUUUGACUUGGCUCAUUGUUCUCGCUGUUUGAUCCCUUGGCAAAAGUAUGAUGGUUUGUAUCUUGCCGAAGUGGAUCGGAUUCUAAGGCCUGGAGGUUAUUGGGUUCUCUCUGGUCCUCCUAUUCACUGGAAGAAAUACUGGAGAGGUUGGGAAAGGACCCAGGAGGACUUAAAACAAGAGCAAGAUGCUAUUGAAGAUGUUGCCCAACGACUAUGCUGGAAGAAAGUGAUUGAACAGAAUGAUCUAUCAGUUUGGCAAAAGCCCAUCAACCACAUUGAGUGUAUUAAAAGUAAGGUCUUUAAAACACCGCAUAUUUGCAAGUCAGACGAUCCAGACACAGCUUGGUACAGAAAUUUGGAAGCUUGCAUAACCCCACUUCCAGAAGUAAGCAGCUCAGAUGAUGUUGCUGGUGGCACAAUAAAAAAAUGGCCGGACCGUUUAUUUACUCUUCCUCCUAGAAUUAGCAGUGGCUCAAUACCAGGCUUCACUGCUGAGAAAUUUAAAGAGGAUAAUGAACUGUGGAAGGAAAGAGUAGCACACUACAAACGAAUUAUUAGUCCCCUACCCACUGGACAAUAUCGGAAUAUUAUGGACAUGAAUGCUUACCUUGGGGGAUUUGCAGCAGCCGUUUCAAAGUAUCCAGUGUGGGUCAUGAAUGUGGUCCCUGCAAAUUCAGAUCAUAACACUCUAGGAGUUAUUUAUGACCGAGGUUUAAUUGGUACGUACCAGGACUGGUGUGAGGCAUUCUCAACAUAUCCAAGGACGUAUGAUCUCAUCCAUGCUAGUGGCUUGUUUAGUAUAUAUCAGGACAGGUGCGACAUCACUUACAUCUUACUGGAGAUGGAUCGGAUUCUGAGGCCAGAAGGGACAGUAAUAUUUAGGGACACAGUGGACCUGCUUGUGAAGAUUAAGAGUAUAAUAGAUGGAAUGAGAUGGAAGAGUCAGAUCAUGGACCAUGAAAGCGGACCCUUCAAUCCAGAGAAAAUCCUUGUUGCUGUCAAAACAUACUGGACUGGUGAAGCAACCCAAAAGCAACGCUAGUAGAGAUUUAUGCUCUCUCUCUCUCUCUCUCUCUCUCUCUCACUUUUGCACUUUCUUUGUUUCAUUUUUCAUCUUGGGAAAUGGUCGAAGUCACUCAGAUUCCAUCCAAGAUGGUUUUUCCUUUUCAAAGAGUAAAAGGUUAGGUUUAAUUAAAAUGAUUAUGUAUUUUAUUUACUGUAAAAGUAAGCAUUUUACUCCAAAUCUUUGUCACUGUCAUUGGCUUGAUGCUAGUAGGAUUAGCCGAACAGAAAUGCUCAGUGCUUACUGUGUGCAUUAACUGAAAAGCAAGCUCUCGUCUCUGCAGUUGUAAUGAUCAUGUAUAAAUUGCAAGAUGAUAAGGUAUAAUAUGGUCGGGAUAGAAAACAAACCUGUCUUCUUCAAUAGCAGAUAGCAAGGCAUCACAACUGCUAGAACGGUGUGCUUUUGAAAUUUUCAUUGCAGCAUAUUUUUAGAUCUGCAGUACUAAUGGUGGUUGAAUUCGGACGUUAGUUAGACUUUCCAACUUCCAUGGUGCAGUUUCGGAUAUGUAAUUUUUUGU